UCCUACAACACCUGCUCCAAGCAUUUCUCUAACCAAGUCGCCGGUAUAGUCACCAGCAUGCUCAACAGACUCCACGGCCAGCCCGACAGCUAUGACAAGAAAGCCAAGUACAAGUUUGGCAAGACGCUCGGAGCUGGCACCUACGGUAUCGUCAGAGAAGCAGAGUCGCCCCAAGGAAAAUGCGCCGUCAAGAUCAUCCUGAAAAAGAACGUCAAGGGCAACGACCAGAUGGUCUACGAUGAACUGCAGAUGCUCCAACGCCUUCAACACCCCCACAUUGUCAAGUUCUUCGAUUGGUUCGAGUCAAGAAACACAGNNGACAAGUACUACAUCGUGACACAGCUUGCUACCGGUGGAGAGCUGUUCGACCGCAUCUGCGAAAAGGGUCGCUUCACUGAAAAGGACGCUUCCGCAACCAUAAGACAGGUCUUGGAAGCCGUCGACUAUCUCCACCAGAAUGAUGUCGUCCAUCGCGAUCUCAAGCCCGAAAACCUCCUCUACCUCACCAAGGCCGAAGAUUCGACUCUCGUACUUGCAGACUUUGGUAUCGCAAAACAUCUGGACAGCCCUGACGGAGUUCUCAAAACAAUGGCUGGCUCCUUCGGCUACGCAGCACCCGAGGUCAUGCUCAAGAAGGGACAUAGCAAGCCUGUCGAUAUGUGGUCUCUCGGUGUCAUCACCUACACUCUUCUCUGCGGUUACUCGCCUUUCCGCAGCGAGAACCUGACAGAUCUGAUCGAAGAGACCAAGCACGGCAGAGUUGUCUUCCACGAGCGUUACUGGAAGGAUGUCAGUAAGGAGGCCAAGGACUUCAUCAUGACUCUGCUGGUGCCCAAGCCCGAGAACAGAGCCACAAGUGCAGUACGUCUGAACGUUCUAUAUCACUUUUCGCAAAAGCUGACAGAUGCAACAGNNCAAGCACUCAAGAACCCAUGGAUCGCCGGCAAGGGUGCAACCGACCACAACUUGCUGCCCGAGAUCAAGGCAUACAUGGCAAAGGCCCGCCUGAAGCGUGGUAUCGAACUUGUCAAACUCGCCAACCGUAUCGAGGCACUCAAGAUGCAGGAGGAUGAAGAGGAGGACGUACCUCAAUCUGGAGACGUGCCUGCAGGUGCAAAGGAGGCAGCAGGUGAAGCCUUGGCAAAUCAGCAACAGAAGCCACUGGAAGCCGGACUGAAAAUACCAGAAGACAAGGAAGUGACACACAAGCGCAGUCUGAGCAAGCUUGCCAAGGGAGCCAUCUUCCGUGAGGUUGUUCUGGCAAAGGUGCGUGAGAUGAAGGCCGAUGAAGAGGCACAGAAGAUUGCAUCGACAGGUAGUCUUGACAAGGAAAAGGAGAAGAAGUGA